GUUUCCCGCCAAAAUGGUCUGUGUGGAGCCUGGAGUUUCUCUCUCUGUGUAAAACCCUUUUCUCACCGACUUUCCGGGAAAAUAUUUUCAUCAGCGAGGCAGAGAGAGCAAAGAGGGUAUCGCAACUUUCCCUGCAAACAAACAAUGUUUUGGCAUAUAUAUAUAGAUUAUAAUACAUAAACCCUAGCCUUCUCCUCGGGGGUUCCACACUGCUGCACCAGAACCAUCUCCAUGGCCGAAACACCAAAGAAAGCAGCGAUCCAAUCUCCGUCGGAAGCCAAACACCACAAAUCUCUUCCAAACCCUAACAAGCCCUACGCUCCGCCGACACCCCAAUGCCUGUCACCAACCCCUCGCCCUCGCCCUCGCCGCUCCUCUCGCCUCCUGACAUCUCCCCAACCGCCGCCGCCUUCAUCACUGGAUUACAGGCCCAGCACCCGCUCCAAGAAAUCAGCUCAUAAAAGCCCUGAUUCUGCUAAAAAAAAUGUCAAAAACUCAAAGCGUAAGCCGGGUGGUGAUUUGAUUGAUGCUUCACUAUCGCCUGUGUCGCCGGACAGACACGAAGCAGCCAAGAAGAGAAGGAAGAAAUGCAGUGAAACAAAAUUGGAUACGGCAACAAAAAGUAGGGUUUCAACGGCCUUGAAGUGUGAGGGGAAGAAGAGGAAUUGCUCGGUACCAAAGAGGCGGGUGUACUAUAAGAAGGUGUCCUACGAUGGAGGAGAGUUCUCAGUGGGGAAUGAUGUGUAUGUGAAGAGAAGAGAGGACGGAAGCUCCGACGACGAGGAUCCUGAAAUCGAGGAGUGCCGGGUGUGUUUCAAAGCUGGGAAGGCCGUGAUGAUUGAGUGUGACGAUUGCUUGGGUGGAUUUCAUUUGAAAUGCUUGAACCCCCCUUUGAAGGAAGUUCCUGAAGGCGAUUGGAUUUGUGGGUUUUGUGAGGCACUGAAAUUGGGCAAGAAGGUUGAGUUUCCUGUUCCACCAAAGGGAAAGAAAAGAGCAAGAACAUUGAGAGAGAAGCUUCUGUUCAGUCAUUUGUGGGCCGCCCAUAUUGAGAGCAUAUGGAAGGAGGUGGAUGGAACAUAUUGGUUUAGGGGGCGAUGGUACAUCAUACCCGAAGAAACUGCUGCUGGAAGACAGCCUCAUAACUUGAGGAGGGAGCUUUACCAGACCAAUGAUUUUGCUGACAUUGAGAUGGAAUCUGUCCUUAGGCAUUGCUAUGUUAUGAACCCUAAAGAAUUUUCUAAGGCUAGCAAAGAAGGUGAUGAUGUUUUUCUAUGUGAAUAUGAGUAUGACAUACAUUGGCAUAGUUUCAAGCGUCUCGCAGAGAUUGAUAAUGGUGAAGAGGAUAGUGAAGCAGCUGACAUUGAUGAAGACUGGAACUCUGGUGCAUGCUCUGACACAGAAGAUGAAAUAGAAUGUGACGAUGAAAGCAGAAAUAAUCUAUUCAGUGGACCAUCAGCAGUUCAUCAGUUGGCUGCUAAUUCAAGGAAAGGGCGAAUAUUUGGGCUUCAAAAGAUAGGCGUUAAAAAGAUUCCAGAGCAUGUAAGAUGCCACAAAGAGACUGAAAUUGAAAGAGCAAAAGCAACACUUCUUUUGGCAACUUUGCCCACGUGUCUACCAUGCAGGAAUAAAGAGAUGGAAGAGAUUACUGCAUUUAUAAAAGGUGCCAUCUGUGAUGAUCAAUGCCUUGGACGUUGCCUAUACAUUCAUGGGGUUCCUGGUACUGGCAAGACAAUGAGUGUCCUUGCAGUAAUGAGGAAUUUAAAGUCUGAAGUUGUUGCAGGACAUAUAAAGCCUUACUGUUUUGUGGAGAUUAAUGGUCUGAAAUUGGCAUCACCAGAGAAUAUUUACAGGGUUAUUUAUGAAGCAUUAACUGGACAUAGAGUUAGUUGGAAAAAGGCUCUCCACUUGCUGAAUGAACGAUUUUCAAAUGGUAGCAAAGGUGACAAUAAGGAUAACAAGCCUUGUGUCCUACUCAUUGACGAACUUGAUCUUCUUGUAACAAGAAAUCAGUCGGUAUUAUACAACAUUCUUGAUUGGCCUACCAAGCCACAUUCCAAAUUAGUUGUGCUAGGAAUCGCAAACACUAUGGAUCUUCCAGAAAAGUUGCUGCCACGUAUUUCAAGCCGUAUGGGCAUACAGAGGCUUUGUUUUGGUCCCUAUAACUAUCAGCAACUACAAGAAAUCAUUUUAACACGCCUUAAAGGAAUUGAUGCUUUUGAAAGCCAGGCCAUAGAAUUUGCUUCAAGAAAGGUGGCAGCUGUUUCAGGAGAUGCACGCCGUGCACUGGAGAUAUGUAGGCGUGCAGCUGAACUUGCCGACUAUCGUAUUAAGAAACUGGCAUCAGUUCCAAAUGCUGCAUCUCCAGGAAAAUCCCUUGUUGGCAUGGCCGACGUUGAAGCAGCGAUCCAGGAGAUGUUCCAGGCUCCACAUAUUCAAGUAAUGAAAAGUUGUUCCAAACUGGGUAAAAUCUUCUUGGCGGCCAUGGUGCAUGAACUCUAUAAAUCAGGAAUGGGUGAAACAACCUUUGAGAAGUUAGCAAUGACUCUUUCAUGUCUCUGUACAAGUAAUGGAGAAGCCUUUCCUGGGUGGGAUGCACUCUUGAAAAUUGGCUGUAAGCUUGGUGAAUGCAGAAUUAUUCUUUGUGAAGCCGGAGCUAGGCACAGAUUGCAGAAGCUGCAGCUCAAUUUUCCCAGUGAUGAUGUGGCUUUUGCUCUAAAAGACAGCAAGGAGCUACCCUGGUUGGCUAAGUAUCUGUGACUUCACCGCAGAGCAAACUACUAGCAAUUCUCUAUUCAUUCUUGCAACUUGUUUCGUUCUCAUCAGCAUUGUUAUCGAAUUUAUGUUUACAUUUAGUGAGGAUGCACCCUUUCUCUUUAAUUCUAAAUGAGAGUCUUCAGUUUUCCCCUAGACUUGAGGCAUCACCUUUCAUUAUCUUUAUUUACAAGGUCCAUAGUGAUCGAGGAUAUAAUGUAUUGUUUUUGUUGUUGACUGAUGUUCACCAAAAGAAAAAAGAAAUAAAGUACUUGUACAAUUGUACUCUUAUUGACC